UCAUAGGUUAUUUGACAAACCCGGAAGAGGCAUGGUUUUGAACAGAACGUUGUCGUGAAAUAACAAUUGAAACAGAUAUACAGCUUUCAUUCUAACGCAGAAAAGUUGGCAAAUAUUUAUCUUAAUUACGCUCUUCAUGUUUUGGAAAUGUAUAUGUGCGAGUUUAAUGCGAUAUUGCGUAAAACUGGAUCAGCGGUGUACCCGUGCAUUCCGGUGCGACGUAGCAAGCCAGCUAACAGUUAGCCGAACCACAACAAAGCUUUGAUUGGUUUAAAUUGUUUCUGAUCUCAUAUGGACAGGUGAUAAGCUAACAAGGGCGGCUGUGCUUCUCUAAUUGUAAUGGGGUGGGUGGCUCUCAAGUAACACAAAUCCAGAUUCAUAUUUUGACAUUGCUCAUCUGCGGCGACUGGAGCCCGGUUGGACUAGAUCAAGCGAGUGUAUUUUCCUCGGCUCUAUCCACGGUCGUUGUCCGGCAACAUCUCCAAAUGGAAAUGUGACUCAAUCCCGCAAUUUGUACCAGGCCAGCAGCCAAACGUUGGGUUCUCUUUUUUUUUUUACGACAGCCGCAUAAUUUAUUUCCCUUUUCGGGCGAUUCUACGCUUUCGGAGCCCUUUUUUUUAAUGAAUUUACUCAAUUAUGGAGCACUCGGGCUGUGUCAAUAUAUGUAAUCUCACCAGCACGUUGCCAGUGAUUCCUUAUCGGAAACUGACGGAUUUACAUUACCUGAGUCGAGGAGGAUUUGGGACGGUUUUUCGGGCGCAACAUUCAGACUGGCGGACAACCGUUGCCAUCAAGUGUUUAAAAUUGGACUCUCCCGUCGGAGAAAGGGAGAGGAACUGUCUGCUGAGGGAGGCAGAGGUCCUUCACAAAGCCAGGUUCAACUACAUCAUCCAGAUCUUCGGCGUCUGCAACGAGCCAGAGUUCUUCUGCAUCGUCACUGAGUUCAUGAGCAAUGGAUCCCUGGAUCAGUUUCUCCAUGAGAAGGACCUGUACCCUCAGCUCGCUUGGUCACUGCGCCUGCGAGUCCUGUACGAGAUCGCCCUGGGUGUCAACUUCCUGCACAACAUGACUCCGCCCCUCCUGCAUCACGACCUGAAGACCCAGAACAUUCUGCUGGAUGCCGAGUUGCAUGUUAAGAUUGCGGAUUUCGGGCUGUCAAAAUGGCGGCAGCUUUCCAUCAGCAAGGCUUCCGGUUCCAAGCCGCCGGAGAUGGGGGGCACGGUGAUCUACAUGCCCCCCGAAAAGUACGAGCCCUCACAAACACGACCACCGGACGUCAAGCACGACAUGUACAGUUAUGCAAUCAUUAUGUGGGAAGUGCUGUCGAGGAGGAUACCAUUUGAAGAGGCCACUAACCCCAUGCAGAUCAUGUUCAGUGUUUUGAGGGGUAACAGACCCGACACCGGGCCGGACAGCCUGGACCCCCACAUCCCCUGCAGGGAGACCCUCGUCGACCUCAUUACCCGGGGAUGGACCGCCAACCCGGACGAGCGGCCGUCCUUCCUCCAGUGUCUGAUCGAGCUGGAGCCCAUGAUGCGGAGGUUCGACGAGGUCGAGGUCCUGGAGGCCGUGCUGCAGGUGAAGCGAGCCAAGGCGCUGAGCCGUUUCCCAGCAACCUCUGCGUGCGCCGCGAAGAAGGAAGAGAAAACGCUGAACGCCAUGAAGGAAGCCAGCACUCCUUGGCCGGACACAAGCUCUGCCUCUGGCUCCCUCUCCUCCCAGGAGACAGAGAUGUCCCAGCCUGGCUUUCUGACCAUCAGCAGCGCCCCCUCAUCCAAAGAGGGGCAGCGCUGUUCGCCUGAUCCCUUCUGUAAACAGGUCGACCUCCAGCACAAGCUCUACAGCAACAAGACAGACCCCUCUUUGGUGUCACACCCUCUGGAAUACCCAAAGUCCCUGGUGGACCCUGGCUGUGAGAGCUUUGAGGACAACCUGGACUGCCAGACGGCCCGUCCUGUCUCGGGCCCCAACAUCCCCUUCAAGAGGGCCGUCCCAGAGGAGAGCGUGGGCGAUUCGCAAUUCAGCUGCCUCUCCCUGAAGCCCCGCCCCCUAGCAGCGACGGCCCCGCCCUUCUCCCCGCCCUUGGCCACGCCCCCGGGGCCGGCGGCGCAGUGGAUCCAGGCCCGGCGGGAGGAGGUGGUGCGGCAGAUGACGGAGGCGUGCCUGAACCAGAGCCUGGACGCCCUGCUGGCGCGCGACUUCCUGAUGCGGGAGGACUACGAGCUGGUGUCCAAUCAGAUCACGCGCACCGCCAAGGUGCGGCAGCUGCUGGACACCUGCGACCGGCAGAGCGAGGACUUCUGCAGGGUGGUGGUGCGCAAGCUGCAGGAGAACAAGCAGAUGGGCCUCCAGCCCUUCCCAGAGUUCCCCUCACCAACCCCCACCCCCACCUCCACCGCCCCCACAGCCACCUACAUCAACAGCCGCAAUGUGUUCUAACCCCCCUCACACACAUACACAUUCACACACACAAUCUCACACACACACACAAAUACACAAAAACCCACACACAUCUCUCUCUCUCUC